AUGGCGAGCGCCUACACAUCCCAUCGGUAUUCCAAAGAGUCAGCAUGUCAACCAACAGCCCAAACUUAUUUCCAGUUGCGACAGGUGGGAAGCUACGGGCAGUCUGACAUUGGAGGACGUCCCUUGACGGGCCCGGGUGCCUCCUUUGCGGCCAAUCAUGCCCAAGGGAUACUUUGUCCAAAGGCGGGAAGAUGCAUCCACCGUGGAGACAAAUUCAAUGACCAUCAAAUCAACAGCAUUCAUCUCUGUUUCAAUGGAGAAGACAAGAUAAAACUGCAUGAACCCAGUUCUCGAAAGAACGAUUCCUCCACGACAUGGAAAAAGUUGUUGGGAGUCGAGCGACACUCUGCGGAAGAAGUCAAGUUUCGAGAAAAGCUUACACUUCAACCCGGCAAGUACUCGGUUCAAGCCACUGCCAAGCAGAGCGGAUGGGAGCGAGCCCUACGAUUCGUGAAGGACGGAGGAAAGACACACAACCCUGUAGAUCCUAUCAAGUCUCAUGAUCCGCUUCACAUCACAGUGGCAGCUAACAAGGUGUACAAACUUGACGUACAGUGGAACUAUCCCACCAGAACCACGCGUUCUCCGUGGAGGCACCAAAAAACGGAUCGCAGCAAAGUGGAACAGUAUUGGAUCUUGUUCUCGAGGAUUGCCGAGAUCCCAGACGAAUAUGCACUCUAG